AUGAAGACGACGGUACUCAGUCGACUGAUUUCCCGCCCCACCUUUCAUUUGCAAAUCUUCAAUCACGCACAUCGCACGAUUUCUCAAGCUAAUGGUGCCCGCGGCUCGGAUUUUCCGGCGUCCAUGGCUCACGUGAGGUGCGCCUCCACAAAAUCCGGCGGAAAAGAGAAGAAACAAUCAGCACGGCUUGCCGAGGUUCAGAAGCUCUUGUAUCAGGCCGAAGAGCGCUAUAAAGCUGACGGGAGUGGUGUCGAGCCCGUCCCCAAAUUAACGCUCGAACAUGUUACGAUAGGCUAUGCAAGGAGUGGUGGUUCUGGGGGCCAGAAUGCUAACAACAUAGUUAACUCCAAGAUUGAAAUGCGGUUUAAUGUUAAAAAUGCACUCUGGCUAAAUGAAAAAGUGAGGGAGAGGAUUAUGCAAAUGGAGAAGUACCGGAUCAACAAAGAUGGAGAGAUAGUGAUUACUUCAUCAAAGACUAGAACUCAACAAGGUAACUUCGAAGAUGCUUUGGCAAAAUUACAAGUUUUCACUUACCAAAAAAAGAAAUUACAGGAGAUUAUCGAUGCUGCUUCAUACGUCCCUGUUCCUCCUUCAAACGAUACUAUGAAAAAGAUUGAGUUGUUGUCCGCUCUUGCGGAGCAAAAGCGAAUGAAUAAGCUUAAAGCCCAAUCACGCAGGAAAGCACUACAAAGAAGCUGA